CCACCUCAUCACAUAUGCACCUAAAAGAGAAAAAGACAAGAAGUUCCAAACACAUAUUAUUUCUUAACGACAAAACUAAUGCAUUUAUCCGGUCCACAUAUUUUCUUUCCAGUUAAUUCAUUCAUUCAAAACCAUAUAAGCCUAAACACAAAUAGAAGAAUCAAAAUUUUACACUUCUAUGAAUCAAGUCAAUUGCUAGCACACAUCGAUUAUUGCAAACAAAAAUAAAAUAUACGUGACACAGUUUCAUAGACAGGUUACCUAUAUAUAGACAAAUACAAGUAAUAAUUCUUAAGCAUAACAAAUCAAUGUUACAAAAAAAAAGUGCAAAUUAGGAGGAAAAUGGAAGAGGAACAUAAGGGGGGUGAAGAAGUAAAGUACCGGGGUGUAAGGAAAAGGCCAUGGGGAAAGUAUGGGGCAGAGAUUAGAGAUCCAACAAAACCAACUGGAAGACAAUGGUUAGGAACAUUUGAUACAGCUGAAGAAGCAGCUAGAGCUUAUGAUUGUGAAGCCAUUCGUUUGAGGGGUGCUCUUGCUAUUCUUAAUUUUCCUAAUGAAUACAAUUUUCAUCUUUCUUCUUUAUCACCAUCAACAUCUACUACCACUAACAUUCAUACCAAUUCUUCUACACAACACAAGGAAAUUAUUGAGUUUGAGUAUUUGGAUAACAAGGUUUUGGAAGACCUUCUUGGGUUGUCGGAAAAAGAUAAUCAAAACAAGGAAGAAUAAUAUAUACAUCUUAAUUAUAAAAUAAGGAUAACAAUGCAACCAAAUACAUUUGAAGGCAUGAUGGUCAUGCAUUUGAUGAAAUAAAGUUUGUAAAAGAGAAGAAUAAUUGAGAAUUGGAGUUGGUAACCUUUUUUAUGAUGUAGACAUCAAUUUUGAUGGCUUAACCUUAGUAGGGUAGAAACAUUAAUGAUGCAUUUUAUAGAAGAGUGGGACCUACUUCUAUGAUAUGUCUAUAUUUUAUUUAUAAACCAUGUUUAUGAGUGUGAGCGUUCUUAUUAUGUGACCAUGGUUAGCAAGAAAACUAGAGAAAGCAACAUAUUUCUUACCACCAUUAAUUUGUUGAGACUUGAUUUUAAGGUCAAAUUGAU